CGAUAAGUUAGGGUUUCUUAUUAUUUUUUUUUGUUUUAUUUUAUUUUCUAACUUUCUCGAUUGGAUUCCGGUGCGUUCCACUCCCGAUUCCGCCGACGAAUUGCUGCAGCCCCACCGUCGUCAAGAUUUGGUUGUGAAAUGUUGGGUUCUUUGCCGAUAUUGCCCCUUCCGGCGCCGCCGGCAGAUGGAGAUCUUGGUCCAAAACCACCUGCUCAGUUGAGUGAAGAAUCCAUUGAAAAUGAGGGCGACAAAUCUAAUGAAAACUCCAAUUCAGCUCCAGCAUCAGUAGCAACACAUACUAGGACUAUUGGAAUCAUAUACCCGCCGCCGGACAUUAGAAAUAUUGUCGAUAAAACUGCUCAGUUUGUGGCAAAGAAUGGACCGGAGUUUGAGAAGAGAAUUAUAGCAAACAAUGAAGGAAAUGCAAAGUUUAACUUUUUAAGGGGGUCUGAUCCUUACCAUGCCUACUAUCAGCACCGUUUAUCCGAAGCUCGGCUACAGAACCAAUCUUCGACCCAGCCACAGAAUGAGUCUUCUGAGUCUGUUCUUGAAUCAGCAGCUGCAGCAGUUCCUGAUGGAGGUGAGACAGCAGCAGCUAAGCCUGAUCCUGCAGCUCAAUUUCGAACUGUUCGUAAGGUUCUUGAGCCACCAGAGGCAGAACAAUUUACAGUUAGGCUUCCUGAAGGGAUUACAGGGGAGGAACUGGAUAUUAUUAAGCUAACGGCACAGUUUGUGGCCCGAAAUGGGAAAUCAUUUUUGACGGGAUUGACUAGUAGGGAGAGCACUAACCCUCAGUUUCAUUUUCUUAGACCAACACACAGUAUGUUCAUGUUCUUUACGUCGCUUGCCGAUGCAUACUCAAAGGUAUUGAUGCCUCCAAAAGGGUUGACAGACAAGCUCAGAAAUAGCGUUGUUGAUAUGACGACAGUUCUUGAACGCUGCUUGCAUCGCCUCGAAUGGGAACGGUCACAGGAACAGGCUAGGCAGAAAGCUGAAGAUGAAAUCGAACAGGAGAGGCUACAGAUGGCUAUGAUUGAUUGGCACGAUUUUGUCGUGGUUGAAACUAUUGAUUUUGCCGAUGAUGAAGAUGAUGAUUUACCUCCUCCAAUGACACUUGAGGAAGUGAUGAGGAGAAGCAAGAUUACUGCCAUGGAUGAAGACGAUGCAGUCGAGCCCGGCAAGGAAGUCGAAAUGGAUAUGGAUGAAGAAGAAGUUCAACUGGUCGAGGAAGGCAUGAGGGCCGCUAAUCUCGAAGAGAACGGUGAUAGAAAGAACGAUGAGGCCAAAGAAGCAGCUCCCGAAGAACAAGAACCACCCAUGAGAAUUGUUAAAAACUGGAAGAGACCUGAGGAUAGAAUUCCUGCCGAAAGAGAUCCAACGAAAUACGUCGUGUCUCCGAUAACCGGCGAGCUCAUUCCCAUCAGCGAGAUGUCCGAGCACAUGAGGAUUUCCCUUAUCGAUCCAAAGUACAAGGAACAAAAGGACAGGAUGUUCGCCAAGAUCCGUGAAACUACUCUCGCCGUAGACGAUGAAAUCUCUAGAAACAUCGUCGGACUUGCAAGAACCCGCCCGGAUAUCUUCGGCACCACCGAAGAAGAAGUUUCCAACGCUGUGAAGGCCGAAAUCGAGAAAAAGAAAGACGAGCAACCGAAACAGGUCAUAUGGGAUGGUCAUACAGGAAGUAUCGGCCGUACAGCUAGCCAGGCCAUGUCCCAAAGCCAAGAAUUCAACGAUUCUUCGAACAAUGAAGUCGGAAAUCUUCCCGGCCCUGCUCCUCCUCCACCUCAGCCCGGUAUUCCGGCGGUUCGACCACUACCUCCGCCUCCCGGCCUCGUGUUGAACAUCCCUAGGCCGCCACCUUCAAUGGUUCAAUACUCCUCGGGGCUCACUGGACCACCCCAGCCCGGUCCUCCAGUCAUCAACAUGAUUCGUCCUCCAGCGCCUCCUUCAAUGCCAAUGAUGCACGGGCAACAUCUUAUGCCUAACCGCCCCCACAUGCCGAUGUCGGGUGCGCCAAAUAUCUCAGUCCCACCGCCGCCUGGAUCACAGUUCACUACUGCAUCUAUGGGUGGUCCGAGACCGCCUUUCAUGGUUCCCAUGUCUCAACCGCCCAUGGCUCCUCCACCACCAAUACCCCCCCAAGGCAGCAUCCCACCUCCACCGCCGCCUGAGGAAGCUCCUCCGCCAAUUCCUGACGAACCCGAGCCCAAGAGGCUUCGGUUCGACGACUCCAUGCUCAUCCCCGAAGAGCAGUUCCUUGCUCAGCAUUCGGGUCCUGCCCGGAUCAGUAUAUCGGUGCCGAAUGUGGAUGAAGGAGGAAAUCUGAAAGGUCAAAAGCUGGAGAUCAGCGUGCAAUCGCUGUCGGAAACAGUGGGGAGUCUGAAGGAGAAGAUUGCCGGGGAGAUUCAACUCCCGGCUAACAAACAGAAGCUGAGCGGUAAGGCAGGUUUCCUCAAGGACAAUUUAUCUCUUGCAUAUUACAAUGUUUUGCCGGGAGAGCCCCUGUCGCUUUCUCUUAGAGAACGUGGAGGGAGGAAGAGGUAAGCGAGAGCUGAGUAAUGCCGGCUGGAUGAAUGAUGAAUUUGAAUUUGAAUUUGAAUUUGGUGAGAGAGCUAUUUGCCAGGUACACUUCACUGUUCAUCUUUGGUUGUUAUAUAUAUCUAUAUAUGUUGCCGGAUUUUCUGCUUCUAUAAGUUGUUCUUUGUGCGAGGUUUGUCGGUUGCUUUUAUUAUGUCUCUCGAACUAGGAUUUUGAACCCGAACUUGAACUAUAAUUUUGCUGACAGUUACUAUAAUUUUGCUGACAGUUAGUUCUAUGUAUUUUGAGUCGAAUAGAAACUCGGGCUUGAACUUGAACUUGAGUCUUAUCCAUAAGAUGUGUAGGAAAUAGGGGUUUUUGGAGUUUUUGAAAAUUUUGGAAAAAAAAAAAAAAAAAAGUAAAA